AUGAGAUUGAGGCUGUUUCCAUUGUCUCUUACCGGAGAGCAAACUAACUGGUUGAAUGAGAUUCUAGACGACUCUAUCACAACAUGGAUGGAGCUGAAGGAAGCUUUCCUGGAACGAUUCUUCCCAGAAUCAAAAGAGUUGCAGAUGAAGGACGAGAUAAGUACACACAAGCAACUACCAGGAGAAGCAAUGCAUGACACUUGGUGGAGAUUCAGCCAAAAGCUGAAGAAAUGUCCUAACCAUGAUCUUACUGAGAGACAUCUGGAACAAGCUUUCUAUAGAUCGUUAAACUAUGUCACUAAACAUGUUGUUGAUGCAGUUUGUGGAGGUUUAUUCAUGAGAAAGCCAUUCUCAGAGAGCAUGCAGCUAUUAGAUGAAGUGUCAAAGAACAACAGGGCUUGGUAUACUAGAGAUGCAGAGGUAGGAGAGCUUGGUUAUACAUUUGAGCUUUCAGCUGAACAGAGGAAGAGAGAAGAAGAAAGGGACCAAGGCAUGGCAUAUAUGCGGACACAAAUAGAUCUGCUCACAAAGCAUAUCAUAGCCAAGUCUAAAAAGGUAAAUGUUGUGAGACAGCAAAACAGGUAUGAGGAUCAGGAUAUUGACCUUGAUGAGGAAGAUAACUACUUAGGGAACCAAGGAGGUUUCCGGAAUUAUAACUCUGGAAAUCAAGGUUACAAUUCUGGAAAUGCAGGUCAGAACUAUGCUAGGGAUGGUCAAUAUGAUAGGCCAGCAAAUAGAGAUCAGGGAAACUGGAACAAAGAUGGGUAUAGGAAUGAUCGCAGUGGUGUUUAUGUUCCCCCAGGUAAUAGAGACUGGGCAAAUGGUAGUUCCAGCGGGUCUAAGCUGGAAGACAUGAUGGCUAAGGUACUCCAGAAAGUUGAAUCAACUGAUGUAGGGGUAAAAAAAAUGAGAGGUGAUUUCUCGAGCAUGAGUCAGUUAGUGGACUCUCACACCACCUCUAUUAAAAAAAUUGAGCAGCAGUUGGUGUAUGCAAAAUCUAAAGAGGUUACUAAGGAUUCAAUUUUGGAGGCUGAGAUCAUAGCAAUUAAAGAGGGACUAUAUUACUGUGAUUACAAUCCAUACUUGGAUCUUUAUCGAUCUAGCAGCUAUGACGAGGUAGACGGAUCACCCGGAGGAUCUUCUAAUGACGAAGUGCUUGAAUUUUCCAGGGGAGCCGUCGAUUUGUUUGAAGAUGAAGAAGAAGCAGCCAUUGCGGCUGUGUUAGAGAAAGCUGUCAGAGAAGAGGAUGAAGCUGAACAGGUGGAUGAUUUGGAGGAUCCUUAG